AUGUUGAAUAUAAAAGAAUAAAAAUAUUCAUCUAGCAAGAAGUUAUUACCAACAAUUAAUUUUAAUAAUCCUAUCACUUUUUAGGCGUGGUCGAUGUUGAGAGGCAUGGCCUUUGAUUAUGGAAGAACAUAUGAUUUCAGAAUUCAAGGAUUUUAUUCAUUGAUUUUUAUAGGGUGGAUAUUUUUAUUUUUAUUUGGUAUAGGAGUAUUAUUGAAUUUUAUUCAAAUAGAUUACUUUUAAAUUACAUUAUUAUCAGAAAUGCUAAUUAUUCUAACUGGGUUUAUUGGGUAUUAUUUAUGGCAUGGAGCCAGAUUAAAUGAAUAUUAUGAAACAUUUGAUAUUUUACUUGAAGAUGUUAGAAAUAUGUAUGUAGAUAUGCUUAGAAGAAAAGAACAAUAUUUUAUUUUAAAUUUGGAUAUAACUAAUGCCAUUCACAAAAAAUUUGUGUUUUUGUUGAAGAAUGAAACUAACUCAAUUGAAACCAUAACUUAAUAUAUCAAUUUGAUUAUAGAAGAAAUUGAUGAUGCAAUUAGAUAAUUGAAUUAUGAUAAAAGACAUAACCCUUUUAAAAUUUAUGGUAUUCGUAUAACUUUAAACUUUUUGUAAAGUUUAGUAGUUGCUGUGUUUACAUUUGUUGGUUAUGCUGUAUAAUAAAGAAUGCAAAGUACAGACACAGCCUGUAUUUAAAAUUGA